AUGGAGGAAGUUUGCUCUAAACCAGGAUGGGGAUAUCAUAUCGCCAUAAGUGAUAAUGGAAAAGAAGUUGUCAAAUUUGGCAUUCGGGAAGAAGGAAGUGAGGUCGUUGGAUAUCUGACAGCGUACGAAAUUAACGGAAAUGAAAUCUCCAAAGCCUCCGAACCCUCAUAUAAAAUCGAUGCAAGUUAUAUACAAGAAGCUUACGACCGGGAUUCUACUAUGCCAACAUGGAGUCUAGCCAUAUCCAAUGCGAAUAAUAAUGGAAAGACUUUAAUUGCGUUUUCCUAUUUUCCAACUAAAGAAAUUUAUGAAACAAAUUCGGAUUUAGAAUCUGUAUGUUCUUCUAAAAAAAGGACGUUUGCACUUAGCCUUGUACCGAAUUGGAGCGCACCUUCGCGAGAUUGCAACUCUACGUACGUGCUUGUGAUGGAUCGUAAUAAUCCCGAUAAAUGGGUAAUGAUACAAACGCCAUUAGAUAAAGUUGCUGGAGUAGUUAAUUUUGUAUCGGACCCCGACUCGGAUAUGUGGCUACUGACAGUAUCAAAUGAAGGAGGAAUAUUUCAAUACAAUAUCGAUCCAGAACAUACAGAACCAUACAAGGAAACUGGUGUAUGGCAGCGUGAUAUCCCGAUGGCAUAUAGACACAAUAUGAAGGAUAAGUGGAAAGGCCUACAUAGCAAAGCUUACUUUCAAUUUUUAGUAAGGACGAUCAAGUCACAUGUGUACUUUGAACCUGACCCAAAGAAGAAAAUACUUCGUGUGUACAAUCUACGUGAUGGGCGGCAUCUUUUCGAUCUCCAUCACCAUGGCGAUCCGAGUCUAACUUGCUUUGAUACACCGGUACUGGCAAUAUCCAAAAAUGGCGCUUUGUUGGCAGUUAGUCUUGAUACAACGUCCAUCAACAUUUAUCUGAUGGAAAAUGGUUUAGAGUGCGGAAGAAAGGAUGCAACGAAAUCGCAUAGAAUAGUAUUGAUCGAAUUCAUCAAUAAUGACGAAUGCUUGCUAAUUAUCAGAGAAGCUAAAGAGACACACGAACUAGUGGCUACUGUAUGGGAGUUAUUCACGUGCAGACCCGACAGAACUAUAAAAAAAAUUAAUUUACCAGAUUACUUCUUUUAUAAAAGACCGAAUCUUUAUGGAGUCAGGUGGGCUGGCAAUACGGCAAUUUUUGUUACAGACAAAGGGGAACUAAAACUAGUUCUCGACUGCUUUGAUCCAGAAGAGGAGAAAGUCAGUGGAGGAGAGGACCCGCCAAUUGUGGCCGACAAACAAUUAGAGUAUUCGACUGUAUAUGAAUUAGAUGAAAAAACAUAUCGCCUGCCAGACUCCAAAUUGACACAGCUGAUAAUACGUAGGAUAGAACCAUGGAUACCAGACGGUAAUAAGAUAAUAGGUGUAUGGCUGGAUGAAAGUGCGGAGGGAAAAAAUCGGCGACAACUUCUUAUCGGAAGGGGUUGUAUACAAAUAUGGAAGCUCUUACCGGACGAUCAACGUCUAUUAUUGUACAUAUAUGCGAAUGAGGACAUCAUAACCGAUCCCAAGGUAGAUCCAAAGAUCACUAUUACUAUUUACAAAGAUAGGUUCGAUCUCACAAUCAAGCGGGAGGAUGUCUUGCAAAUCAGAUGGCCAGUUGAUCCUAGUAAAGUGGUCAUAGAUGCAUGUAAAGCCCUUGAAUGGUUGGAUAAGAAGAAGAACAAGAACCAUCCGUACGAAAGACGCGUAUUGUUCGAUGAAAUCAAACAUCAAAUUUCCAAUAUUGUUCGCAUCUUUAUUAAACAUCAUCCUGAUGAAUGGAGUCUACUCGAAGUGCGACACGACUUGAUGAAGUCUUUAAUCAUUGGAGGAUGUUCUCGCCUGACACAAGACUUGAUUAAAGUUAGUGACGACGAAAAUAACAACAAAGAGGGAGGUUGUCUGCUACACAUUCCGCGAAAAUAUUCAUGGCGUAAUGCUAACGAAAAACUGGAAAAGAAGGAUACUGAUAUAAUGAUGGUCAUCGAGAAAAACAACAGGUUGACCGAGAACUUUCUCACGUAUUAUGCUCAUCAUGCCAAAAAGCAUUAUGGUUGGAUGCAUACAGUAGGAGGAGCUCUAUCGGCGUUAUCUGAGUUGGAAUCAUCUAAAGCCGGCAAUCUGGAUAUUCCUACAAAGAGAUUGUUGGCUCAUUCAACGUUCGCCGGACAUUCAUUACAUGAUCAUGAGCAUCCUUCCGCAUCUUACGCAACCGUGUUUCGAUGGUCACAAGUGAUUCACGAUGACUUGGAGCCAUUGACGAGAAAUGACGUAAUUGCAAGUUUGAGAUACGCUUAUUUGACUAAAGCAGAGCGCACGGUGCUAUCGGUCAAGUUGCGACUUGAGCAAUCGAAGCGACAACUCCGGCAAGUUAAGCUUGGAACUAUAGUAAAAGGCGUGUUUACCCCCUUCUCAUUUGCUUUGAAAACCAUCGCAGCUAUGUUUGACGCAAGGAUUAAAAUAGAAAUGUUGCGUAUGAGUUAUUCAAAUGAUCCUAUGGCGCUUAUAAAUACUGUGCGUCGCAUUCCGGUACCAGUUGACGCUCAUGUCGUUGGGCGUCUACUAGAAAAGGCUGUGGAUGAGGAUAAUGGAAUAUUUCUUGAUAAUCCGGUCAUUUCUGGCAUUAUUGAUCAUGCAUGGAAGGGCGAAUCUUAUCUCUAUCUCGUCUUUUUGUUUCUGUUUUUUUCUUAUUUGAUAGUCUUUGAUGCAUUCGUAUGGCAGUACAUUCACCAAAACAAUAGUAACUAUGCUGUAGCCGUAUACCUUUUUGUAAUUGGGACAUACUAUAUAUUGUUUCGACUGACUGUAAUGUACAAUAGACGAAAACGCUUGACGUUCUACGACGUAGUCGACCUAUGUUCGUAUAUUCUUCCUAUAGUAACAACUGCAGUCUUGACAUUCAGAGCAACGCAUGAUGACAAUGGGGUGUGGGGAUUUGGUCAGACUGAAAUAAGCAGAAAUAUGCUCUUCCUUAUUUCCAUUAGUACAUUCAUCAUGUGGUUACGAUUUCUGUUGCUUUUAAGAUUAUUUGAAGGUGAGACACGAUUUCUCGAGUUUCGAGUGUUUUACGUGAAUUUAGUCUUUAAUACUGCAUUUGCGUUCGGGCAAGCCAUGUACGUGCUUUUGCAUGAUCCAAUAGAAAUUGGGCUGUCGCCAAAUAUUCUACAACUCGGUGUCAACGUGACAACUCCUAAUGGCGACGUUGAACAGACAAAUUAUACAGUAUAUCAAAAUUACAAUCCGCAAGACGCGUCUGACAAUAAUUUUGCAAAUUUCUGGAUUUCCGUGUUAUCUUCUUAUAAUUGGAUGAAUGGAAGAUGGGAUAAUGUGGACUGGAAUUACUAUCCAGUUACAAUCUUCACCGUCGUUGCAAGCUUGCUUCUAGUUAUUAUUAUGUUAAACAUCCUUAUUGCCAUAAUGGGUGAUAUAUAUACCGCUGCCAAGGAAUUCGGGGAACGAGAAAUCUUGAGAUUACGCGUAAGAUUCAUGCUAGAUACAGAAUACUUCGGUAACAAGGUGUGGAGGACAGCGUUUCCCGCACAUAGGCCACCGUCGCGCUUUGAAGACGUUGUAAAGAAAAAUCCACGGUAUAUGUAUGUUCUUGGUAACCGUCAGCAAUUCGAACGGUGGGUUGAGGAAGGGGAGAGAUUUCGAGAACUCACCAAACCGCAAAAGGUUCAACAAGAAAAACUAACUGACCACAGGUGGUUUAAGUUGGAGGAUAAUGAUAGUGGAUAA